GGGCAAGUUGGGGCUUCGCAGCCUUUAGCGCCCGUAGCCUCUGCAGAGGACGGCCACCGCACUCAUGGCUGGGAUUUUGCGCUCGGUGGUUCAGAGGCCCCCAGGCAGACUACACACGGUGACAAAAGGUGUGGAGUCUCUCGUUUGUACAGAUUGGAUUCGUCAUAAAUUUACCAAGUCAAGAAUUCCAGAUAAAGUGUUUCAGCCUUCACCAGAAGAUCAUGAAAAAUAUGGUGGGGAUCCACAGCACCCUCAUAAACUGCAUAUUGUUACCAGAAUAAAAAGUACAAAAGGCCGUCCGUAUUGGGAAAAAGAUGUAGUAAAGAUGCUUGGAAUAGAAAAGGCUCACACUCCUCAAGUUCACAAGAACAUCCCUUCGGUGAACGCGAAACUGAAAGUGGUUAAACAUUUG